GAGUUUGUUCGCUUGAUCAUAUCUGACACAAUGACAACUUACAUCACACUGCUGAUUGGUGAUUUCCUGAGAGCAGUUCUUGUUCGUUUUCUCAACUACUGCUGGUGUUGGGACCUAGAGGCUGGCUUUCCAUCCUACUCUGAGUUUGACGUCAGUGGGAACGUUUUGGGCCUGAUCUUCAAUCAAGGAAUGAUAUGGAUGGGUUCCUUCUAUGCGCCCUGUCUGCCUGCCUUAAACGUCAUCCGGCUCCAUGUCUCCAUGUACCUGCAGUGCUGGGCUGUUAUGUGCUGUAAUGUGCCACAAGAAAGGGUCUUCAAAGCCUCUGGUUCCAACAACUUCUACAUGGCCAUGUUGCUGGUCAUCCUCUUUCUGUCCACACUGCCUGCCAUCUACACCAUUGUCUCCAUUCCCCCUUCAUUUGACUGUGGACCCUUCAGUGGUAAGAACCGCAUGUUUGAUGUGAUCCACGAGACUCUGGAGUCUGACUUUCCUCCAUGGUUUAGCAAAGUUUUCAGCUAUGCCUCUAACCCUGGAUUGGUGCUACCCUUCAUACUUCUUAUGGUACUGGCCAUUUAUUACUUGCAAUCUACAUCCAAAAGCUACAGAGAAGCAAAUGUGGAGCUGAAGAAAAAGCUACAAAUGCAAAAUGAGGAGAACAAGAGGAAGAACAAACGAGCAGCACUGAAAGCUCAAAUGGAUUUGGAGGAGGCCAGAAAGACUGCACAAGAGCAACAAAGGAACAACAAUGCUUCAGUACAGGAUCAAGAAGAUGAUACAGAUAUCCAUGUCAGCGGUCAGAACCCUCCUCCUGUUGGCGGCAGAGGACGCCAGAUGCCGUCCAGCAGAGACCCUGGCUCAAGGACCUACAACCGUGGCAACCACGGGCCUUCUGGAUACCUGCCUGGUUUUGCUCGGCAAACUGAGCCCAGGAUGUACAGGGUGCCGAGCCUGCAGAGACACUGA